GCAUUGUGGACCCUCGUAGCUAUUGGCGUUAUAAAUUCUUGCAUAUAGUUUAAAAGUUCAACUUUCGUUGUUUGUGUUACUUUGUAUAUGAUAUAUGUUUUUUUAAAGUCUUGUUGUUUUCAUAAUUCAUUUUUAAUAAUAGGGAUUCUACCACCCUUAACAGAAUUGUUGCCAUUGCGCGUUUAUCCUGUAAAAUAAAAUUAGUUUUGGACUUAAGCAUUAUUUAGUGUAAAACAUUUCAAUUGGUAGGGAAACAUUCAUUGAGCAAAGAAAAAAAUGUAUUUUUUAGAUUUUUUAAAACAUCAAGUUUUUGAAUAGCUAUAUUAAUACUGUAUUGCGAACGUGCCAUCUAAAUUAGGCGGGCUUUGAUAGUUCUUGACAUAGUAGGUGUCGUACGAUGAUCAAUUUAGAAGUCUAAAGAAAAAUGUUUUUUUGAAAUACUAUUUGUUUUUUUUUUCGGGGGUUGUACAAGUCGGUAGGUAGGUAGUUAAUUUUCUUGUUGACUAUGUCAAUCAAGAAAAUACAACCAGUUCUGCUUAUUGCUGAAUGAAAACAUUAUCAUCAAUGAAGAUUAGGUUGACCUUAAGAUUUUAAGAGAAAUCAUUGAUAGGUAAGUUUUUAGUAGUAAGUAUUUCUAAAAAUAGUUUCAUUAUAAAUGGUCAUUUUAAUUUUUUAAAUGGUCUCAAAAUUACAAUAACUUAUUUUUAUGUAACAGUUUAUAUCACAUGUACGAAAUGAUAUUUCAAGGGGAGAUAUAAAAUUUCUAAUCAAGUUGGUUUUCUUUUGUCAGCUUUAAUCAUGUUAGAUUUACUGGAUCAUGCCUCGAAGUAGGUCAGCUUCACGCUCUCGAAGUCGCAGUGCUUCUCCUAAAAGAAGAAAAAAUAAGGAUAGAGAACGAGAAAAAGAGCGCCACAAAAGAAGUCGCCAUCGAAGUCGCUCGCCAGGUAGAAAGAAAUGGAGAUACUCUAAAAGUCGGUCUCGUACCAGAUCACCAAGUGUAGAUAAAUUUGGGAGAUCAAAACAGCGAAGAGAUAAAUUAGAAGAAGAUGAUGACACCAGAGUGGAACCUGGUGUUAGGACAGAAGAAAUGGAAAGGCAACGAAAAAUUCGUGCUACUGAAAUGCAAAAUAAAUUUAUUGAAGAAGAAACUCAGAGGCGCAUUGAAGAUAUUGUGAUGAAACGAGUUGAGGAAGAGCUAGCAAAACGCAAAAUAGAUGUUGAUGAAGAAGUUAUGCGUAAAGUAGAGGAAGCAAAAAAACAUGUUGAACAUCAUCUUGAAGGGGAGUAUGAACGAAGAACUAAAGAGAUCGCUGAGCAAUUUAAAGGAAAGGAGGAACAAUUAAAAGCAGAAAUUGAAAGAUUAAAAAAAGAAGUGGAAAAUGCUUAUGAAAAAGUUCGUGAUUCAGAGAGAAAAUUAGCCGAAGAACGAUUGGCGAUGCUCGAAAGACAGAGAGAACUUGAAGAAGACAAAAGACAAUUAGAAUAUAACUUUUUGAAAAAUGAAAAAAAAGCUCAAGAACUUAUCCUAAACAAAAAAAACUCUAGACCAAAACUUAAAUUUGAAUUAAAGCCCAUGAUACCAAAAUAACAGAACCUUCGGUUCUCGUCGAAAGAAAUGUUCGAUGGGUUUUAAUUUCGUUUCUAGCAGUUAUGAAAUAGUAACUUA